AUGCAAAGACAUUUCAACAAUUAUAGCUUGACUGUCUACGAGAAGAAUCCUGCUGUUGCAGGAACAUGGUGGGAGAAUCGAUACCCAGGAUGUGCUUGCGAUGUCCCUUCACACAACUACACCUGGAGCUUUGAGCCUAAGCUUGAUUGGUCCUCCGUAUAUCCACCAGCAAAGGAAAUUUUCGACUAUUUCGAGGGUUUCGCGCAAAAAUACAAUCUUCAUCAAUACGUCAAACUCCAGCAUCAAGUAAUUGGUGCCUACUGGGAUAGCCAACGGGGUGGCUACGAUGUCAAGAUCAAGGAUGUUGCCAAUGGUACGGUGAUUACUGACCACUGCGACAUUCUCAUCAAUGCUGGCGGUGUCCUCAACAACUGGAAGUGGCCUGCUAUCCCGGGACUCGACAAAUAUAAGGGCACAUUGUUGCAUACUGCGAACUGGGAUGACUCUGUCAGCUUGGAGGGUAAGCAUGUAGGCCUCAUAGGCAAUGGAUCAUCGGGAAUCCAAGUUCUGCCUGCUAUUAGGGGGAAGUGCAAGAAGAUCACCACAUUUAUCCGCGAGCCGACCUGGGUGUCUCCUGUCCAGGGUCUUGAACAACAUGUGUAUACACCGUCAGAGCGCUCCGACUUCGUCAAUAAGCCAGGUACUUUGCUCGACUACCGCAAGCAGAUUGAGUCGGGAUUGAACGGGCAGUUUGGCAUUUUCCUCAAGCGCAACAAGGUCAACGAAGACACCCACACCUACAUGCUACAGCAGAUGAAAGAGAAGCUAAAUAAUCAGUUCCUGGAGGAGAAGCUCAUCCCUGACUGGAGUGUGGGCUGUCGUCGUCUUACGCCAGGAGUGAACUAUCUCGAGUCAUUGACUAAGCCUGACGUCGAGGUCGUGUAUGGAGAGAUCAACGAGGUCACCGAAAGGGGCUGCCUGUGUGACGACGGACGUGAAUAUCCCGUUGAUGUGCUGAUCUGCGCUACUGGCUUCGAUACUUCAUUCCGUCCACGCUUCCCCGUCGUCAACCCGGCUGGAGACAACCUGCAGGACAAGUGGGCCGUGGACCCUCAAAGCUAUCUUGGAGUGGCUGCUGCCAACUUUCCUAAUUAUCUGAUUUUCCUUGGUCCGAACUGCCCCAUUGGCAACGGUCCUGUGCUGUCAGCCAUCGAAGCCCAAGCCGACUGGAUGUGCAAGUGGAUCGACCGCUUCCAGGUCAACAACAUUGCCACCUUUGCGCCGACCGAAGAAGCAGUGCGUGACUUCAUCGAAUACAAGGACUGGUUCAUGCAACGCACAGUCUGGGCAGACCAGUGCCGUAGCUGGUAUAAGCCUCGCGCAGACGGGCCGGUUAUUGCUCUAUGGCCUGGUAGUGCUCUGCAUUACAUAGAGGCUGUCAAAGACGUCCGUUUCGAUGACUUUGACGUGAAGUAUGUCGGUAAUCGCUUUGCCUGGCUAGGAAAUGGCUAUUCACAAACCGAACUCGAUGACACAGCGGACUGGGGUUACUACAUCCGUGACCAUGAUGACGACGCGCCGCUUACCACAGGUGGUCGGAGAAAGGUAUUGACUAAGAGUGGCACAAUCACCAACCGAGGCUUGGUUACUUGGAGCGGUGCUGGUAAGGAUGAGAAGGAGAAGGACAUUCAAGCUAGAAUCUAG